AUGUAUUGUGGAUUAAUGGAUUAUGUUAAUAAUAAAGUUAAAGAAGAGAAUGUUCGACCAGGAAAAAUUGUUAUUUUGCCUUCAACAUUUACUGGAGGGCCACGUUCCUAUCAACAAUCUUUCAUGGAUGCUAUGCGAUUAGUUCAAGAAUUUGGAAGACCAGAUUUAUUUAUUACCAUGACUUCCAAAAUGAAUCCAAAAUGGUGCGAGAUUAGAGAAAAUUUGUUAGAUUGUGAAUCUGCGUCUGAUCGUCCUGACAUUGUAGCAAGAGUUUUUAGGAGAAAAGUACAAGAAUUAAUGAAAGAAAUAAAAGAUGAAGAAAUUUUUGGUCCAGUUAUUGCAUUUGUUUAUGUAAUAGAGUUUCAAAAGCGUGGAUUGCCUCAUGUGCAUUUCAUUACAUUUUUAAGUGAAAAGAUCCGUGAUACUGAAACUGUAGAUAAAAUAAUAUGUGCAGAAAUACCAGAUGAAAUAAAGAAUCCUGAGCUAUUUAAUAUUGUAAAGCAGUUUCAAGUCCAUGGGCCUUGUGGUAAUCAAAAUAUAAAUUCACCUUGCAUGGACUCUGAAAAAAAAAUUUGUACGAAAUAUUAUCCGAAGCCAUUUUGUUCAGAAACAUCUUAUCACUCUAAGAAUUAUCCAGAAUAUAGAAGAAGAAAAGAUGGUAAGCAAAUUAUCUUUUAUAAUAAAGAUGGAUCAAUUAAGUGUAUUGCAGAUAAUUCAAUGAUUGUACCUUACAAUCCAUAUUUAAGUAAAAAAUUUGAAUGUCACAUAACUGUUAUGGUAUGUAGUAGUACAGGUGGCAUUAAAUAUUUAUUUAAAUAUUGCUAUAAGGGCCAUGACUGUGCAUUUAUUGUUUACAAGGAUGAUAAUCAAGAAAUGCAAUAUGAUGAAAUUCAAUAUUAUUUAAAUACACGAUAUGUAUGUCCACCAGAAGCAAUGCAUAGAUUAUACGAAUUUCCUAUGCAUGAACAAUCACAUGCAACAUACAGAUUAGCUGUACAUUUACCUAAUCAACAAUCAAUAUGUUUUCAAGAAGGAUUAGAGGAAGAAGCCGUUAACAAAUUCAAAAACACGACAUUGACGGCAUGGUUUAAAUUGAAUGCAGAAGAUUCCGAGGCGCGCAAAUAUUUAUAUACAGAAAUACCUCAUAACUAUGUUUUUGUUGAAUCUUCAAAAACUUGGAAAGUAAGACAACGAAUAACUAAAAUCUUAAUUUGUCGAAUGUAUUUUGUUAGUCCAAAAGAUAUUGAAAGGUAUUUUCUAAGACUUUUACUACUUUAUGUACGUGGUGCUAAGUCAUUUGAAGAUAUAAAAACUUAUGAAGGUAUUACAUACAACACUUUUACAGAAGCUGCACGUGCGAGAAAUUUAAUGGUAGACGAUAACGAAUGGAACAAUUGUUUGACUGAAGCUGUGAGUAUGAAGUUUCCUAAAGAACUUUGUCGUUUAUUAGCAUACAUAUGUGUAUUUGGAUCGCCUGUUAAUGCUAUUGAUUUAUGGAAUAAAUACAAAGAAGAUAUGAUUUUUGAGAAUGAUUUACCUGUGGAAGUAUCGAUUCAAAAAUCAUUAAUUCUAAUUAAUGAAGUAUUUAGUUUUCAUGGAUUUUCGCUCCAUCAAUUUGGUUUGCCACAUAUUAAUCAGAAAGUUUUUGAUGAUUAUAAUUCAGUAAGUAAGGAAAAUAGUGCUUUAGAAUUACAAUUACUUAAAAUAAAGUCUGAUUGUCUUAUUAAAAGUUUGAAUGAUGACCAACGUAAUGUUUUCAAUGAUAUUAUGAUGGCAGUACAUAAUGAUAAUUGUAGUAAUAGAUAUAUUUAUCUCGAUGGACCUGGAGGAAGUGGUAAAAGUUAUUUACAUAAUACAAUAAUUACAACUGUAGAGAGUGAAGGAUUGGUGGUUUUAUCAGUAGCAUGGACUGGUAUAGCUGCGAAUCUUUUAAAAGGUGGACGAACGGCACAUUCUAUGUUUAAAUUUCCUAUACCAAUUAAUGAAGAUUCAACAUGUAAUAUAAGUGGGAUGUCAAAACACAGUGAACUUUUAAGAAGUGCUAAAAUCAUUAUUUGGGACGAAAUUACAAUGGCACCUAAAUAUGCUUUACAAGCAAUGGAAGUUAUGUUGAGGGAUAUUACGAAAUGUAAGAAACCGUUUGGAGGUAAAGUUAUUUUGCUUUCAGGAGAUUUUAGGCAAAUUUUGCCAAUUGUUCCACACGGUAGUCGGACUCAUAUUGUUGAAGUAUGUGUGAAAAAUAGUAAAUUGUGGCAUCUUUUUCAAACUAGGUCGUUACACGUUAAUGUUAGAUUAAAUAAUAAUCAGAUAAACUUUUCAAACUGGUUAUUAAAUGUCGGCGAUGGUAAACAUCAAAGUACAUUUGAAAAGAAAAAUAACGUUUUAGAAAUUCCACAAGAUUUGAUUUCGAAUGGAAAUUUAAUUGAAGAAAUAUAUGGUUCAUCAAUAAGUCGAAAUGAUGUAUCUGCUUAUUCUUCUUGCAUUCUUUCAUUAACAAAUUCUGAGGUAUUAGAUAUGAAUGAUCGUAUUUUGUCAAAUUCAGAAGGAAAUGAAGUUGUUUAUUACAGUAUAGAUUCACAUGUAGACGAGGAUCAGAAAGACAUCAAUAACAUUGUUCCAGUGGAAGUUUUAAAUAGUUUAACACCAGAUGGUUUACCACCUCAUAGAUUAUCAUUAAAGGAGGGAUGUAUAAUUAUGCUUUUAAGGAAUAUGAAUUUGGUUAAAGGAUUAUGUAAUGGUACCCGAUUAGUUGUCAAAUCUUUAUUAAGAAAUGUUAUUUCUGCAGAAAUUAUUGUUGGAAAAUCUAAAGGUGAAAUAGUUUUUAUUCCACGAAUUGAUUUAUCUCCUUCACAAGGUACAUUUCCUUUCAAAAUGAUAAGAAGACAAUUUCCAAUUAGACUUGCUUAUGCUAUGACUAUAAAUAAAUCUCAAGGACAAUCUUUUGAUAGAGUUGGAAUUUAUUUGCCAAUUUCAGCUUUUGGACAUGGCCAAAUUUAUGUUGGUUGUUCUCGAGUAAAAUCGAAGGAAAAUUUAAAAAAUCAUAUUGCAGGUUCAGCAUGUCUUGUGAACCUUCAAGCUUCUUACAUCUUCAUUAAAUUACAAGACAAAAUGGAGUACACAUCUUGUGAAGCUCUUGAUGAAAUUAGAUUUUGGGACAGGACAGUAGAAUUGGUAUCCUAUGUGGAAUUUGUACAUCCCAUCAAAACUACUGGAAAAUCGGAAUUAUUCAAAUUUUUUCUGAAUAAUGGUGGUGGCAAAACUAUACAAUGUGUCAUUUGGGGUGAGCGAGACAUCGACGCUCUGAAAGAGAAGAUUCAUGUUAAUAAGAUUCUGCACAUUGAUGGAGCUCUAGCUCGGGUACCAACGAGACCUGAAUUUAACAAGGGUAAUGUUAACUUUGAGUUGCAAUUAUUUGCAACUACUGAAGUUAAUGUAGUAGGCGAUUAUGUACCAGAUGUAGUCGAAGAAAUUGAAAUUGAAGAAGUCGAGUUAUGUGAUGCUAUUCAUCACGAAAAUGAGUUAAUUCAAAUCAAUUCCUACAUCAAAACUAAGUUUGUUUAUCAGUCAGUUGGUGUAAAUAAAAACUUAGGGACCUACGGUUGUGGCUCUCUUACUGACGGAGAGUUUAAAAUCGAAGUUAGAAUAAACGAUUUCAAAAACAAUUUAAAUUUUCAAAAAGGCUCUGCUGUAGCUGUAACUGGAAGAAUCCAUACACAAGGGCCUAGAAUUUUUUUACAAGUCGAUGACGAAAGUAAUAUUAAAUCCAGAGAAGUAAUUCCACUCCCUUUAGCGGAUGUUUUGCUGGGAUAUAGAGAGUUGAAGCGCAUAAAUGAUGGCCAAUUGCGGAGAGAAGAUGUUGAUUAAAAAAAGUUUAUGAAGUUCUUAGUUCCAGAAAAUUGAUGCAUAAUACAUUUUAUAUUAAGUGACCAUUAAGAUGUAAAAAUAAGUAGGUAAAAAAUGACUAAAUUUAUUUACUAAAAAAUUUUUCUUUUAAGAUUUUUAUUUCGGUUUACUAUUUCUUUAUUAUUAAUUAAUUUG